UGGUUUGAGUGUCACUGGGCCGGCUUGAUUGUAGGCCCCUGACUGCGGUCUAUGACCCGGGGCGCUGGGUCAGCUGAGUGGCGGUGUGAGCGUGCCGACCGCCGGGCCGGAGCGGCGGCCGGCAGUCUGGAGUUGGACCGGUGCCAAUAAAGGUCCGUGCUGAGCCUGGAUGUUACAAUUGGCGACGAGGUGAAUAUCGUGCUAUGGAAGAUGGCUGAAGGCUUCAGUUUAGCCCCAUUUGAUUUACGCGAAGAUGUGUGGGAAGAGUGGUUCGAGAGAUUUGAGUUUUACUUGGAUGCAAGAAAUGUGACUGACAAUGGCAAGAAGAAGUCCUACCUGCUUUCACAAUGCGAAGCGGCUUCCAGGGACGCCAGGAUCAUCGGAGGACAGGAGAGCACCGUCAACGAGAUCUCUGUGCCGGGUCGGGACGUGACGCCGGGUGGGAUCAAUGAAGUGCACGCCGGCCAACGCAGUCGCGGUAUCGACGCCUGGGCUUCGGUGUCAACUCGGCGGUGGCGUUGUUUCAGCGAGAGAUGGAGAAGUUGUUGAAUGGUAUGCCUGGUGUCUGUGUUUUCCUAGAUGAUGUGCUCAUUACUGGGAAAUCCCAGAACGACUGCUUACAGCGCACAUCUGCGGUGUUGGAGAAGCUGCAAGAUGCCGGACUCCGUGUGUCGGAGAAGAAGUGCAAAUUCUGCGUGGACAGCGUGGAGUACCUGGGGCACAGGAUCGACGCUGAGGGCUGUCACCCCACAGAGGCGAAGAGCUUGGAGGAGGAGUUUGCAUUGGACUCCUCCCGGAUUGCUGCGCUGACGUCUCGGGACACUCUGCUGAGUCGGGUGCGGCAGGCCAUAGAGACUGGUGAGUGGCCUGACGAGGAGGACAUCCGCUCAUUCUUCCACAGGAGAGAUGAGCUGUCGGUGAUCCGCGGAGUGCUGCUGUGGGGCAGCCGCGUGGUCGUGCCUGCCAAGGCACAGAAGCACGUUUUACACGAGCUACAUGAAGGACACCCUGGGGUUCGGCCUCCCGGACACCAUCGUCUCGGACAACGGUCCGGCCUUCAUCGGGGAGGAGUUCCAGCGGUUCACGAGGAGGAACGGCAUCCGUCAUGUGAGGACGGCUCCUCACAGGCCGGCAAGUAACGGGUUGGCGGAAAGGUACGUCAAGGAAGUAAAGUAUGCGCUUCAAAGAUCCACUUCCGGAACCAUGUCCGUCAAACUUGCUAAAUGGCUGAUCAGCUGCCAUUCAACACCCAAUGCAACAACGGGGGUAACGCCUGCGUCUAUGAUGUUCGGUCGAGAGUUAAAGACGAGACUGCAACUUCUCAAACCGGACUUGGAACGGACUGUAGAGCAGCAGAAGGAUAGACAGAAAGAGUACUAUGAUAUGCGUACUAAAGGCCGUCAAUUUCAGGUGUCCGACAGAGUCUACGCCAGAGGCUUCGGGAGCGGACCGGUUUGGUCGCCCGGAGUGGUCGUCUCUCUCCUCGGUGCAACGAUGGCGGAGGUCCGGCUGGACGAUGGUCGACUGUGGCGCCGUCACUUCGAUCAGCUGCGGUCUGCGGGCGACUCUGCUCCGAAGAAUCGCACGGAGACGGACGUCUGCGACUUCGGACGGCUGCGGGAGAGGCGGGACCUGUCGGGUGGCGAGCCGGACGAGAGUUGGCUGGAGGACGAUCAGCAGGAGGAUCCCGUGGUGAUCUCGGACCGGAGACCGGCGGCUGACGCCGGCCAGCCUGAGCAGAGCUCGGAGAGUCCCGGAGUACAGUCGUCUCCGGCUGCUCGUCUCCCCUCUGGUGCGUGCGUGUGUGCGGGUGAUCAGACUUCGAGUGCGCGCGCGUGUACAGGUGAUCAGAGUCAGACUUUGAGUGAAGGGACUGCCACGGGCGUGACUCGGGAUUCUUUGGUGUCCCGAGGGCUGUCGGGCUCACUAGAGAGAGCGGAAGGUGUUCCGUCGGUCACACUGCGUCGAUCACAGCGUGAACGACGCAAGCCGGACUACUACAGACCCGGUGCUGGGUAGAUAUGUGUUAA